CAUCUAAACAAAUACUAAAAUAUAAAAAAGCAAAUAUUUCGUGUUGAGAACACAUGGCAAAUUUUUUAAUAGUAAAAGUGUGUCAAACGGAGAAACUCUGUAGAUCGCAAAUUUUUAGUUAUAUGUUUAGAUUACGUAUUGAAAUUCGACUAAAAUAUUAUCAAAGCUGCCAUAAAUAUUUAUGGGGUGUCUAAAUAUUUAAAUUUUGGUCACGUUCUUCUUUAUCGCAAUGCAUGCCCAAAUGAGCCAAUCUCGUCGCGGAGAAUUUGAAUUUAAAUAAUGUAGUCGUCACUUCAAAUGACAGUUGCUAUCAGUUGCUAUUCGUCGAGCGGCAUGUGAUGAGGAACGAAUGUCUUGGAUUUUUAAUUAAGAACAAAGUAGCCAAUCAUUGAAAAAGCCACGCUGCUUCGUUCAAAAAGUAAUUACUAUAAAUAUGUCAGACAACAUCAAAGUGGGAAUUAAGUUGAAAACCUUGAUCGAUGAAGGAAAAGAGGAGGGUUCGUCGAAAAAUAUAAGGAAUGGAAAACCAUCCACAGAAGUAGAGAAUGUAGAAUCCGAAUUACAAGAGAAGUAUCAAAGCAAUUGUUUACUAGAAGAUCGUAUCACGUUGUUAAAGAAUCAAAUUAUUUCUGGAACUAACACAAACCGUUCGGAACCAUUUAAAUGUAAAUCUAGAAGACGGAAAAGUUGGUGCAACAGUGGAACGUUCAAAUCGCAAUUGCCUAUGUUUAAAAAUAAAUCUGGCUUACCAACGAUUAAAGAAAUGUCGCCCGAAAAACCAUUAAAAAAAGACAACGAGCAAUCGGUCGAUGUCUCAGAUCAGACAUUUCAGACAGCUUUUACUGACUUUGAAUUAGGCUUGAUACAAUGUAAACUAGAUUCUGAAACUAAAAAAAAUGCUCAUUGUAUCGAGGAGGAGGGUAUCGAUUUUUUGCCUGUUGAAGAAUUUGGGAAUAAUAGCGGUUACUUAAUGCCGGGCAAACAAGAUUCAUGUGUACAAACUAUAUUAAGGUAUCCAAAAUCUCCUAGUACAUCAAAGAAAGUUCUACGUGAGUGUAUUGCCGACUUGACUAAAGAUCUUAUUGAACUCCGUGAAUUCACCACUUUAGAGAAACAGAUAAUGUGCGGGGAAAUUCAUCCUAAUACGGAUAACGUGGAAGAACAAGUGUUGGAUCAGUCUGUCCCAAUUACACACGAUGAGAAUGAACUUUAUCUACACUCUUCAAAUUUAAUAGUUGAGUUAGAUGAAGAGAAAGUCAAGCUAGCGGAAAAACUUGAAUUGAAAAUUAAGGAGCACACUGGAGAGGAGAACACGUUAGCUAUUGAUAAUAAGAAAUUGAAGGAUGANAACGUGGAAGAACAAGUGUUGGAUCAGUCUGUCCCAAUUACACACGAUGAGAAUGAACUUUAUCUACACUCUUCAAAUUUAAUAGUUGAGUUAGAUGAAGAGAAAGUCAAGCUAGCGGAAAAACUUGAAUUGAAAAUUAAGGAGCACACUGGAGAGGAGAACACGUUAGCUAUUGAUAAUAAGAAAUUGAAGGAUGAAUUAAACACAGUCAGGGGAUCCAUGAUCAAGGAAUUGAAGUCGUUUAAACAUAAAUUGAAUUCGGUCGACUUGUUGAGUAAAACUGCAAACGAAAUUUUCAUUAUCUUUCUACAGACUCUCAUGGCUAAGGAAGAGGAGCUCAUUAAAACUAUGAGAGACUCAUUCGAACAAGACAAACAAAACCUGGAAGACGAGAAAAGGCAGAGUGCUGAUGCGGAGAAACGCGCGAUGUUGUGGGCUAAUGAAUUAGAAAGGGAAACUGAAAAAUUACAGAUUGACUUGACAAAACGCGAAUCUGCCCACAUACUACAACAGAACAGAAUCUACGAGCUGGAACAUCUUUUAAAGGAGAACAAUUCCGAGAAAGAAACGCUUAAAGAAAAGAUGGAGACAUUGAAAACUGAUUUAAACAACUUGCAAAAUGAAUUCGAUAGGCAAUGCAAACUGGUUUGUCGACGGGAGGAAGCAAUUGUAAUUGCUCAGAAGAAAGAAAAGGUAAUACAAGAAGAGUGUAGAAAGAGAGAAACUGAAUUUCAAAAGAAAGUAAACUCCCAGAAAGAGACUUAUGAGAAGAGAAUAGAGGAUCUUGUGUACGCCAUAGAAACUUACAAGACAAAAAAUCAGGAGCUGAAAAGUAAUAUCGAAGGACUCGAAGCUAACGAAAAGCAGUUGAAGAAUAUUAUUGAGGCGAACGCGUUGGAACUGAAGGCGAGCAAUCAGACCAUAAAUAAAUUGAACCUUAAGAUGGAACAGCUCGUAGAAGUCCACAAAAACGUGAAUUGUGAGGUACAGCAAAAGACGUCUCGAAUCGACGAGAUUUCAGCGCUUCUAAAAAAGAAAUGCGACGUUGCAUCCGAAUACAAGACUAAGCUUGAUACCAUUUUACCGGAUUAUGAAAUAUUAAAGGAACAGGUGAAGGAGUGUAAAGCAUGCAUAGAGCGAUAUAAAGAACAAAUGGAAGUACUAAAAAUGGAAAAGGACGAGCAGAUUGAGAUAAUUAAAGAUAAACUAAAGUCCGAGGAAAUAAAAAACAUUGGAUUAAACAAGCAACUACACGAAUUGAACAACAAAAACAUAGCUCUAGUGGAGAAGAUGGAUAUCCUCAAAAAAAAAAUUGCGGGUUUACAAAGUGUAAAUUCGAAGCUAGAGAAAAAGAUCCGGAACAGCACUAGUAAGAUCAAAGCGGAAGCAGAGAUGGAAGAUCUAAGGGAUUUAAAUAAAAGAUUGCAAAACAAUUUGGAGGGAGCCAGUAAUCGUAUAACAAAGCUACAGGAAUCAAAAAAUAAGAUUUUAAAAGAAUUAGUGGAUUUGAAAGGUCAGUACGAGGUGUUAUCCCAAGAGAAUGCUGAGAUCAAGACAACGUUUAAAUCGUACAAAUCCGAGCAAGAAUCUUCGUCUUUUUCGCUUGAUGAUAGUAAGUACAAUGCUGUGAUGCAAGAGAAAAAUAAAACUGCCUUGGAAUUGGAAGACAAAAAAUUGUUGUUAAAUCAAAAUGAUAAAGACAUUAAGGAAUAUUCUAGGCGCGCACUGGAAUUGACUGUUAAAAAUAGAGAUCUCAAUGAACUGUUGAAAAACCAUGCUACAAUCAUAGACGAACGUGAGAAGGAGAUCUCGAAGCUGAAAGAUAAAUUGUACCUCCAUCGAAUAGAGAAUAAACUGAUCAAGGAAUUGGAAGAAAAGUUGCAAAAUCUCAGGGAGGAGAACAAAAAGCUUCAGAAAAAGCUCGAGUCUUUCAAAUCAAGACCACAAAUUGAUCUGGAACAGACAGAUGACAUGAAAUUGCAUAAUGAAAAUGUUUUGGACUCACUUAGAAAAAAUAUCACAGAGCUACAAGAAAAACUAAAUGAAUACGAGAAUAAAUUGGAAAUAAAAAGUAACAGCAAUGGCUCGAGAAGUGCCAGUCCAGGUUUUGAAAUAAGUAGAAGACACAGUAGAAAUAAAAUAUUCAACGAGAAAAGACCACUUGAAAAUCAAACUGAUGAAAUAAAUAUUGAUGAGAGUGAUGAGACAUGCCAAAUAUUACGAAAGAAAAUUCAAGAGUUGGAGUUGCAGAUUGUAGCCAAAAAUGGGCAAAUAGAAACAUUGGAAAUUCAAAUUCAAAGCGAAAACUUCCCUUAUCAUCAGAAGUGCAAGAAAUUUGAAGAACUUCUUCUAUCAUAUCGUAAUAAAAACAUUGAUCUUACUUCUGAAGUAAGUAAACUUGAAAGGGCUUUGAAUGACGUAAACGCAUUGGAAUGUGAUACAUGUAGGAAAUGGAAAACAAACAGAAGAGCCCAGGGUUGCCAAACAUCCCCUGACAAACCGGCACGUUUAUUGACUCUACACAAUGGAAUAGUUGAUGAUCACACAAAGCUAAUGAAGUUGGAAAAGGAGAAGACGUAUAUGAUGGACCUCUGCCGGCAACAGAACCGUAGAAUAAAAAAACUUGAAGAUGCAUUGAAAGAACGUUCUCAGGGAACAUCUAAUGAUCAGUAUACAUGCUCCACAAUAUUUAAUAAGCGAUUUAAUAUGGAAAAUAAUAUGAAACCAUCAGUGAAAACAAUCGUUCCAGCUAAUUUAUUGGAGCUUCGAAAUCCAGUAAACUAUAGAAGAAACUUAUGGAACAAUUAUUACACUGUUCUUAAUUUAAAUAAUUACAACAAAAUUAUUCGAUUUGGAAAUACACAUUUGAAUUCAAAUAUGAUAAAGCAAAAGAAUAUAAGGAAUGGAAAACCAUCCACAGAAGUAGCGAAUGUAGAAUCCAAAUUACGAGAGAAGUAUCAAAGCAAUUGUUUACUAGAAGAUCGUAUCACGUUGUUAAAGAAUCAAAUUAUUUCUGGAAUUAACACAAACCGUUCGGAACCAUUUAAAUGUAAAUCUAGAAGACGGAAAAUUUGGUACAACAGUGGAACGUUCAAAUCGCAAUUACCUAUGUUUAAAAAUAAAUCUGGCUUACCAACAAUUAAAGAAAUGUCGCUCGAAAAACCAUUCAAAAAAGACAACGAGCAAUCAGUCGAUGUCUCAGAUCAGACAUUUCAGACAGAUUUUAAUAAUUUUGAAUUAGACUUGACACAAUGUAAAUUAGAUUCUGAAACUAAAAAAAAUGCUCAUCGUAUCGAGGAGGAGUGUAUCGAUUUUUUGCCUGUUGAAGAAUCUGGGAAUAAUAGCGGUUACUUAACGCCGGGCAAGCAAGAUUCAUGUGUACAAACUAUAUUAAGGUAUCCAAAAUCUCCUAGUACAUCAAAGAAAGUUCUACGUGAGUGUAUUGCCGACUUGACUAAAGAUCUUAUUGAACUCCGUGAAUUCACCACUUUAGAGAAACAGAUAAUGUGCGGGGAAAUUCAUCCUAAUACGGAUAACGUGGAAGAACAAGUGUUGGAUCAGUCUGUCCCAAUUACACACGAUGAGAAUGAACUUUAUCUACACUCUUCAAAUUUAAUAGUUGAGUUAGAUGAAGAGAAAGUGAAGCUAGCGGAAGAACUUGAAUUGAAAAUUAAGGAGCUAGAUGAAAUAAAAAAUGAUAUUCUAGGUCUUAAGUUAGAUAUAGAAAAAUUGGAAGAGACUAUCGUCUUACUGACAAACGAAAAUAUGGAAAUGUCAACCAAACUGAACAGCGAGAAGGAACGCUCAAAUGAAGCUGAGCUUCAUUAUGAAAAAAUAAUUGAUAACCUUCAUGCGCGCAUUUCCCGAAUGGAAGAAAAGAUUAAUUUGGAGAGUAAUUUAACGGUUCUAAACGAGCAACUGCAAUCUCUUCGUUUGCAAACGUCGAGUGAUGAACAGCUGCUUGUAAAAUAUGAGAAUAAAAUUGAUACUUUAAAGAUGGAGAAUAUCAAACUGAGUGUCACUAUCACAGAAAAGAAUAAGGAACUUGAAGAGAUCAAAAAAAGCAAGUCACUUUUGUAUGACUAUGAAUGUAUCUACAAAGCCAAAAUCGCGGUUCUUACAGAGAAAAAUGCAAGCUUAAUGAUUGAGAACAACGAGCUUUCAAAUGACUUGAUGGACAGGAUCCAAGAAAAUGAGAUGCUGCAAAAGGAGUGCAAUAUCUUAAAGAACAAAGUAACAUUAGCGGGUGAAGUGAAUGCUAAUGAAAACAACAUAGAAUAUUUGCAAUCGGAGAACAAUGGUCUGAGAGCUGAGGUGAUGGAGUUGAAGAUGAAGGUCACAAUGUUGUCGGAGGAAAAUGUAAAAACUUCGAAUAAUUUGUUUGAGGCCAUGGAAGAUCUCGACAAUUCACGUUGUGAGAAACUAACUAACACCUCAAUACAUUCAUCUCGCAUGUUCGAUAAUCCUAACGAAGCAAAUCAAUUAACGGAAGAAGUACCAUCAGAAGAAAGUCGUGAAGUGUUACUUGACAAAGUUGAAAUGUUACAGGAUAAGGUCGAUCAAUUAACUUGCUUGAAUAAAAAGCUAAGCGACUUGAAGUUGACUUCCUGCAGUCAAUGCACACAUGUUAAAAAUUUAAAAGACAGUCGCAGAGCCCUGAAGAUCGAGACCAAAAUUUUGAACCGUAAAUUGGAAGAUCUGCAAAAGAAAUUCGAUGAGAAAUGCAUAGACAUCGAGGCGUUAAAGUUGAAAGCUAAUCAAGACCUGAAUUUGAGCUUCUCCGACUCGUCUUCAAAUGUCAGUUUCGCAGACGGAUUGAAUGUCACCUUUGUCGAGGAAAAAGUUCACCAUCUAAACAACGAGUUACAAACGUUAAAGGACGACAAUGACAAACUAUCAGUAUUGUAUCAGGAAAAAUGCGAUGAACUUGAGAAGUUGCACGAUGAAGCAGGUGAUGUAGAUUCUAAAUCAAAGAAAAAUAUUAUUAAACACGAGACUAGGAUUCAAAAAAUUAAAUCCAGUAUCGAUCAGGUGAGGGAUGAUAUCGACGAGUUGAAGAAAAAUAGCAUGAACUUUGCUUCCAUGUUAAGUAAAUUCAGAACAGAAAAAGCACGUCUAUUGGACGAGAUAAAUACAUUACGAUGUAUUAACGAAGAACUGCAACAAAAAGUGUCUGACAGUGAAAUAUCGGCGGUCACUGCCACUGAGAAGGCACAUAUUCUUGAAACUGAAUUAUUAAGCAUGAGCAAGGAGAUUGAACAGUAUUCUGAGAAAGAGAAGGAGAUCAAGAACGAAAAGUUGAAGUUGGAAGUCGAGCUAGAAAACAAAGAUAUUACAAUUAAUACGUUGCACAAAACCAUAGACGAUUUAAACGGGUGUAUCUCGUCUCUGAAAAACGAGGUGGACUCAAUGGUGAGUCAGAGAAACGAGGUAAAUGAUUGCACAAAGGUCAUUGAAAAAAAAUACAAAGAGGAACUGGAAUUACUGCAGAUGGAAUAUCAAAAAUUAAAUGCAGAAAGGAAACAAUGUACGGACACGGAGAAACGAGCUACAUUGUGGGUCAAAGAAUUAGAAAAAGAUGUAGAGAAACUGCAGACGGAUCUAGGAAAACAGGAAAGUCUGUACAAAGAAGUGCAAGAAAAGGUUUCCCAGUUGGAAAGCCUUUUGAAGGAAAGCGAAUCUGAGAAGGAAACAUUAAAGCAGAAUUUGCAGUCCCUCGAACUUCAGUUGACCGAUUCUAAAGAUAAUUUAGCGAUUAAGUAUAAAAUAGAGUUCAAAUCCAUAGAAGAGAAGUUUCAACAGUACACAAAAGAAUCAGAGAUCAAAUUACAGAAAAUUAAUGAAACGGUAAAUAAUUAUGUUGACGAGAACGAUAAUCUAAUGCAAGAGAUUGCAAAGCUUCGGGCCAUCGAAUUAAAACUCCAGGAAAUGAAGGAAAACAAUGGAGAGGAGAACACGUUAGCUAUUGAUAAUAAGAAAUUGAAGGAUGAAUUAAACACAGUCAGGGGAUCCAUGAUCAAGGAAUUGAAGUCGUUUAAACAUAAAUUGAAUUCGGUCGACUUGUUGAGUAAAACUGCAAACGAAAUUUUCAUUAUCUUUCUACAGACUCUCAUGGCUAAGGAAGAGGAGCUCAUUAAAACUAUGAGAGACUCAUUCGAACAAGACAAACAAAACCUGGAAGACGAGAAAAGGCAGAGUGCUGAUGCGGAGAAACGCGCGAUGUUGUGGGCUAAUGAAUUAGAAAGGGAAACUGAAAAAUUACAGAUUGACUUGACAAAACGCGAAUCUGCCCACAUACUACAACAGAACAGAAUCUACGAGCUGGAACAUCUUUUAAAGGAGAACAAUUCCGAGAAAGAAACGCUUAAAGAAAAGAUGGAGACAUUGAAAACUGAUUUAAACAACUUGCAAAAUGAAUUCGAUAGGCAAUGCAAACUGGUUUGUCGACGGGAGGAAGCAAUUGUAAUUGCUCAGAAGAAAGAAAAGGUAAUACAAGAAGAGUGUAGAAAGAGAGAAACUGAAUUUCAAAAGAAAGUAAACUCCCAGAAAGAGACUUAUGAGAAGAGAAUAGAGGAUCUUGUGUACGCCAUAGAAACUUACAAGACAAAAAAUCAGGAGCUGAAAAGUAAUAUCGAAGGACUCGAAGCUAACGAAAAGCAGUUGAAGAAUAUUAUUGAGGCGAACGCGUUGGAACUGAAGGCGAGCAAUCAGACCAUAAAUAAAUUGAACCUUAAGAUGGAACAGCUCGUAGAAGUCCACAAAAACGUGAAUUGUGAGGUACAGCAAAAGACGUCUCGAAUCGACGAGAUUUCAGCGCUUCUAAAAAAGAAAUGCGACGUUGCAUCCGAAUACAAGACUAAGCUUGAUACCAUUUUACCGGAUUAUGAAAUAUUAAAGGAACAGGAGACGGAGCGUAAAGCAUGCAUAGAGCGAUAUAAAGAACAAAUGGAAGUACUAAAAAUGGAAAAGGACGAGCAGAUUGAGAUAAUUAAAGAUAAACUAAAUUACGAGGAAAUAAAAAACAUUGGAUUAAACAAGCAACUACACGAAUUGAACAACAAAAACAUAGCUCUAGUAGAGGAGAUAGAUAUCCUCAAAAAAAAAAUUGCGGGUUUACAAAGUGUAAAUUCGAAGCUAGAGAAAAAGAUCCGGAACAGCACUAGUAAGAUCAAAGCGGAAGCAGAGAUGGAAGAUCUAAGGGAUUUAAAUAAAAGAUUGCAAAACAAUUUGGAGGGAGCCAGUAAUCGUAUAACAAAGCUACAGGAAUCAAAAAAUAAGAUUUUAAAAGAAUUAGUGGAUUUGAAAGGUCAGUACGAGGUGUUAUCCCAAGAGAAUGCUGAGAUCAAGACAACGUUUAAAUCGUACAAAUCCGAGCAAGAAUCGUCGUCUUUUUCGCUUGAUGAUAAUAAGUACAAUGCUAUGUUGCAAGAGAAAAAUAAAACUGCCUUGGAAUUGGAAGACAAAAAAUUGUUGUUAAAUCAAAAUGAUAAAGACAUUAAGGAAUAUUCUAGGCGCGCACUGGAAUUGACUGUUAAAAAUAGAGAUCUCAAUGAACUGUUGAAAAACCAUGCUACAAUCAUAGACGAACGUGAGAAGGAGAUCUCGAAGCUGAAAGAUAAAUUGUACCUCCAUCGAAUAGAGAAUAAACUGAUCAAGGAAUUGGAAGAAAAGUUGCAAAAUCUCAGGGAGGAGAACAAAAAGCUUCAGAAAAAGCUCGAGUCUUUCAAAUCAAGACCACAAAUUGAUCUGGAACAGACAGAUGACAUGAAAUUGCAUAAUGAAAAUGUUUUGGACUCACUUAGAAAAAAUAUCACAGAGCUACAAGAAAAACUAAAUGAAUACGAGAAUAAAUUGGAAAUAAAAAGUAACAGCAAUGGCUCGAGAAGUGCCAGUCCAGGUUUUGAAAUAAGUAGAAGAAACAGUAGAAAUAAAAUAUUCAACGAGAAAAGACCACUUGAAAAUCAAACUGAUGAAAUAAAUAUUGAUGAGAGUGAUGAGACAUGCCAAAUAUUACGAAAGAAAAUUCAAGAGUUGGAGUUGCAGAUUGUAGCCAAAAAUGGGCAAAUAGAAACAUUGGAAAUUCAAAUUCAAAGCGAAAACUUCCCUUAUCAUCAGAAGUGCAAGAAAUUUGAAGAACUUCUUCUAUCAUAUCGUAAUAAAAACAUUGAUCUUACUUCUGAAGUAAGUAAACUUGAAAGGGCUUUGAAUGACGUAAACGCAUUGGAAUGUGAUACAUGUAGGAAAUGGAAAACAAACAGAAGAGCCCAGGGUUGCCAAACAUCCCCUGACAAACCGGCACGUUUAUUGACUCUACACAAUGGAAUAGUUGAUGAUCACACAAAGCUAAUGAAGUUGGAAAAGGAGAAGACGUAUAUGAUGGACCUCUGCCGGCAACAGAACCAUAGAAUAAAAGAACUUGAAGAUGCAUUGAAAGAACGUUCUCAGGGAGCAUCUAAUGAUGUAUACAUGCUCCACAAUAUUUAAUAAGUGAUUUAAUAUGGAAAAUAAUAUGAAACCGUGAGAAUCAUCAUAUUCAGAUUUUCUAAACGCAAUUUCUGUUAGUGCUAUCGCUAACCGUAGCUAAGCGUACUAAUUUAAGUUUAAACACAGGGGUUUAUUAUCUACUACUGAAUGAAUAAUUAUCAUAUCUACAUUCUAGAAAAUGCUUUGCCUUUAGGUGCAUGGUAUGCUUGGACUGGACGCCAUGCUUCAUUAGCGUUUCUGUCCUUCUUCGCUAUGCUUCCAAAAGUGUUCGAUGUUCUGUAUUUACAUGUACGACGA